AUGAUACCGUCUGCCCUCAAGGCAGCUGGCUGCCCAGCUUGCCGUUCGAGCCUCCUCGGCUCCCUCGUGGGCAGGCAGAUGCCAGCCAUUGCACCUCGACAUCUGCGCCAGCCUGUCCGGCAAAUACCGCCCAUCUCCUCGAGGUUCUCUUCGUCGACCAUACCCAACUCGGCCACACAAACCUUGAACGGAGACGCCUCGGCGCUGGCCCAACCCCGGCCCAGCAUCAUCGAGUCUGAGCAGGCACAGAAGGCCGAGGAUGCGUCUGAAGUACCCUGGUAUCUAGAAGUCGAACCCCCAAGGCAUCCGACUGUCGCGCAGCCACAGGCUCCCUUGCCUGAUGUCCCGCCCAAUGCUCCUCCCGUAGUGGAGCCUCUCAUCAAGUUUGUUGGCGAUGAUCUGGGCCUUGACGAGCUCAAUCUCCUCGAUUUGCGAUCGCUCGACCCUCCACCCGCCCUAGGACCAAAGCUUCUCAUGCUAUUUGGAUCCGCGCGCAGCGAGCGCCACCUUCACGUUUCGGCGGAUCGCCUCGUACGAUGGCUUAGAGGUUAUGGCAUCCAUGCCAGCGCAGAUGGCCUGUUGGGGAGGAACGAGCUGAAGAUCAAACUGCGGAGGAAGGCUCGCAAGGCAGCCCUGCUGGGAAAUAGGGGCCGCGCACCCGGCGAGGAUGAUGGUAUCUCUACACGGUGGAUCUGCGUCAAUCUUGGCACUAUUGGCUGGGCAGCCGAAGAACAGGAGGUUGUCGACGAAGAGGGCAGACAUUCCGGGUUCGGCACCCCCCAAUUAGGCACGACCAUUGUUAUCCAAAUGUUCACAGAGGCAAAGAGAAAGGACCUGGAUCUCGAGACCCUCUGGACGCGCAUGCUUAAACGCAGCCAAAAGGCUGCCGCGGUUGAUGGAGGAGAGCUUGAGUACGCAGCUGCCGAAGUCGCUGAUGUCGAUGACGAGAACCCUUGGUCAUUAGCUCGACUCGAGACGCGUCUACCUGACUACGGAGCGGGCAACAGGCAACUAUCUCAGCCCUCGCUGCGUCGCUUCCUCUCUACCUCAGCUCACCGUUCGACCGAGGUUGCGAUCUCGGAGGAUAUCGCGUCUCUUGUGUCGCAGCCGAAUCUAGACCAGGACAGUAUGUCACGCCUCUCCAGGGCCCUAUCGCACGAUGUUGAUCAGAAAGUACAGUUGCUGGAGAAUGCCAAGGCGUAUCUCGCCAGUCUUCCGCCUGCCGCCGCUGUUGAGAAUCUGCAGCCGACCCCGGAAUCGAGCUUCCUCAAGAUCUGCCGCCUGGCCAUGAGCAAUAUACCAGCAGCCGACACUUGGAGCUUCAGGGCGUGGCUACACUCUACUGCGCGCAUCCUGGGCCGACCCGAGUUCACAUUUGCUGGGCUCAAACAGCUGAUCGCAGAGAUGCAGUCGUCGGGAGUCGCGGUGACCCGCGAGCAGUACUUGCAGCUUCUGCGUGCCAUAUACUCCCCCGAGGUGGACAACGAGCUGCACGUACAGGAGCGGUCUGCCCUCGCCCUGGAAGUGUUGAAUACAAUGUUUGAACGCGGAGAGCCGCUCAUUGCCAACGAUGUCAUCGUGAGCAUGGUGGAAAGCCUCGUCACGGCCGAGUAUGCAGAGGCGGAGAGCCUCCAGCAGGUCCUCGAGAAUUUCAUGAAGCAAGUUGAACUGCCUUGUCCGGACGAGAAACAGCUCCUCCGGCUGCUCGAUGCGUACGCGGCGCAGGACAACUGGGACAGGUUCUGGGAGGUUUGGCGCAUGCCGCCCCGAUACCGCAAGCCUCGAUCGCCUGCCAUGUACGAGUACAUGUACCGACGGCUCGCGAGCACCAACCACGAGGUGCGCUGCCUGAAUGCGUUGCGGGACUGUUUCGAGGAGAUGCUCAAAGAGGAACCGCCUGUGCCUCCUGUGGGCACUGUUAUGGACGCGAUCAAGGAGUGUAUCAGGGUUGCUGAUCCUAAGGCUGAGGCUCUUGCAGCGCAGCUCCGCGAAUCGCCAAGCUCUGUAAAUUUGCGCAAGCUGCAUGCUCGCGAAUGUGUAAGAAUUCUCACGAUGAAGUGGGUGCACACUUAA